CUUGGCCCUAUUCCAACGUUCACUGUCCAAAAUCCAAACUACCUUUUGACGCUUCCACAUCCUUCUAGAGAAUGAAAAGCACGCGUCAACCAAGUGUCUAAAUUUCCUUCCCCUUCUUUCCUCUUCAACCUCAAAAUUAGGGCUUCCUCAAUUUAGCCCUAUUUUUUCUCCAAUUAUACUCUCCCCGAAUCAAAGCAAUUUCAUAUUCGAUUCCAGUCGUGAACUCAAAUUUGAGAAACCCCCAAAGCGCAACUUCGAAUUUGGGGAAAAAGCUCGAGGAUUUCUUGAAUUUGGGGGAAGGUUCAGAGCUUCAGGAGAGGGUUGGCUACUUGGGCUGCUUUUUCUUUUCGCAAAGAUCUCAUCUUUCAUUCGAUCAUGGAUACCCAAUUCCCCAAAUCCCUAAUUUCCUUCUUUACCCUAAUCCUCUUCGCGUUCUUCAUCGUCAUCUGCUCCUUCCCCACCGUUCGAUCUGAACUCCAAACCGAAUCCACCAUCAUCCGAUUGCCCUCCGAGUCCGAACCCGCCGACGCCUGUGCCGGGUCAAUCCGGUCACCAUCUUUAUGCCCCGUCAAUUGCUUCCGACCCGACCCGGUCUGCGGCGUCGACGGCGUGACAUACUGGUGUGGCUGCCAAGAUGCCCAAUGCGCUGGGGUCAAGGUGGCGAAAUUAGGGUUUUGUGAGGUGGGUAGUGGGGGCUCUGCCCCCCAUUCUGCCCAAGCGCUGCUUUUGGUUCACAUAGUUUGGCUGAUCGUCCUCGGCUUUUCGGUAUUGUUCGGCCUUUUCUGAGAGUUUUCAAUUUCUGGUUCCCAUUUGGUUCAUUGUUUGGUUGGUUCUUGGAGGCGAGCUUCCAAAGAUUGCAGCUUUAGAAGAGCCUUUUUAUGGUGGAAUUUCAGCUAAUAUGAAGAGGGGUUUAUGGCGGAUACUGGGUACAUUGUGGAAGAUAUAUCAAAUUCAUUGCUUGCUGCCCAGUUCUCAUCAAAUUCAUCAGUUGCACACAAUUUUUUUGGCGCAGCAUUUUGGCUAAUUGUGGUGCUUGAUUUGAUGAGGGUGAAUUCUUUUUUUUUUCUUUUUUUUUUUCUUCUUUAGCUAGAAAAAAAGAUACAUUUGGGUUAUUGGGUUUUGUUACAAAUUGGUGUAGGAUUGAUUGUAGGUUUGUUAAUUGUUUUUCUUUUUGGCUUUUGAAGUUUUUGUAGGUGCCAACAUGUAUCCUAGAGAUUGUAUUCAUAUUUGUUUUCUCUGUAGAAUUCUUUCUGUAAACAUGAAAAACAUAAACAGCAUUCUGAUUUCAGGUAUUAAUUUCAAUACA